AUCACGAAGCACAAGGGCGAUAGCGGUUUGAUGGCGGCCUGCAGUCAGCUUCCAGUCUCGAUGGGCGGCGAGCCAACCCCCUCCUCUAAGUCGAAGAGACCGGGCUCUGCCGCUCCUCCGCCUUCUGGUCUCCUGCAACUGGAGGACUUCUCAGAGGAGGCUGCCGAGAGUGAAGCGGAACUGUCGGAAGACGCCGCCGCUGCAUUGGGGCCGCCGAGGGGCUACGCAGGAAUGCCGUCAGAGGGCCGCUGCCAGGACAGGUCAAGCAACCGGAUCAUGGCGGACAUCAGGAAGAAGGGCAUCACCAAACAAGAGUGUGCGGAUUUCUGCGACAAGAAGUCGCGCUGCAACGGCUUCCAGUUUAGUCCGGGAGUCUGCGACAUCAUCACGAGCAAGAUGCCGGUUUUUGCCGAUGGCCGCGCGGGCUACCGCUGCUACCUGAAGUUAUCCGCCGCCACUAACGCCGGAGUGCCAAUCCCGCCCCGGGUCGUCCGACCAAAGCCGCAGGAUCCUUACCGGCCAAAACCGGCGAAGCCAGCGUACCGCCCGAACAUGUACACUCCACCUCCGACCCGAACGCGGCCAGUGGUCCCUGGCUUGGGGUACCACGGCCAUCACACUGUGAGGCCUGGCACGAUGAUCAAGAAUGACCAGCAGAAGCUGGAAGAGGCUGCCGUCCCGGAUGGCGCCAACGAGAAGGUGGACAAGCUGAUGGACAAGCUCAACCGCCUGGUCGGGUUGACGAAGGUCAAAGCAGGUAUGGCGGAGUUGAGAGCAAUGGUGGAGUUUGACCUGUGGCGCAAGAAGCUUCUUCCCGAUGCCAAGUCCCUCAUGGGCCAGUCUUUCCACAUGCAGUUCCUUGGAAAUCCAG